AGCUUCCACAGCCGCAGUUCACUGAUAUGUGAUUCUGCGAUCGACGAUUUCAGCCAACUGUCUGCCCCAGAGCCCUUGAUGUAUGACAGACUCGAAGAUGACGGUUGACGCACUCAGAACACAGGACAAAUUGCGUGUUGAGGGUGCAUCGUCGACAGACUUGAAUAAAAGGUCUCGUCUUUUUCUCCAUCACACUAGACUAGUUCUAGAGCCCAAAAUUUCGCUAGACCUAUUCUACCUCACGCAACCACAAUUUCGGUCUUGUUUCCAUUAUCCAGCACUGCAGCUGUGGCACAUCUUGCUCAACAUGGCUGGUCUCCAGAGUUCGCAGUCCACUUCCACGGCGUGCACACCUCCUAUCACACCUCCUUCUUCACAGCUGCCACCUUUCUCUGUCCCUUCCCUGAAGAGGGAGUCUCGUAUGACUGGAGACGAAUUGGCGAAAGCACUCCAACUUACAACGCUCGAUGCUCCAUCUGGUACUCAUCAAACCAACACACGAUCUGAGGCUCAAGGGAGCAAUUCAGUUGUUGGAAAAUAGAGCUUUAUGUAGCUCCAUUUAUAUGUACUUACGGCAGGCGCGCCUAGGAUGUGGUAAACGUAUGAUAAGAAAUAGAGAACUUUUCCGUCUUCAACAUGAUUAUGCCGUCAGUACGUCCUAAUAUGAUAUAAGACGUAAAGGUUCUAGCCUGGUUGCGGCAGUUUCUUUGUGCUACUACUGUACCAUCCCUGCACUAGUUCUAGUGACCUACACAACAAUACUCUGUGCAAAAACUGCAGUACGGCAACAUGGCUGGGUGGCGUUAAGGCUCCACCUCAAGAUGCAUUCCUCCAUG